AUGGUAGACGUAAAGACAGCUGCUGCUAUCAAUGCCCAAGCAGCCUUAAGAAACUACUUAGUAGAGCCUGUUAUUGAUUAUCGCACUGUCAUCGGUGUUGAAGGUCCUCUAGUCAUUCUAGACAAUGUAAAGUUCCCAAAAUACGCAGAAAUCGUCAACGUUCACCUUGGAGACGGCUCAACUAGGCGUGGUCAAGUCUUGGAAAUCGCAGGAAAGCGUGCUGUCGUGCAGAUUUUUGAAGGCACCUCAGGAAUUGACACCGUUAACACUAAAUGUGAGUUCACUGGCGAUACUAUGAGAAUGCCUAUAAGUGAAGAGAUGCUUGGAAGAGCAUUCAACGGCUCAGGAAACCCUAUUGAUAAAGGUCCAAGAGUGCUAGCUGAAGAAAUGAUCAAUAUUCAAGGCCAACCUAUCAAUCCUUUUAUGAGAACCUACCCUAAAGAAAUGAUUCAGACAGGGAUUUCAGCUAUCGACGUUAUGAACUCUAUUGCAAGAGGCCAAAAAAUCCCUCUUUUUUCAGCAGCUGGUUUGCCUCACAAUGAAAUUGGUGCUCAAAUUUGUCGUCAAGCUUCUUUAGUAAAAGGCAAAGACACCCAAGAUCACUCCAAAGAAAACUUUUGUAUUGUCUUCGCAGCCAUGGGUGUGAACACAGAAACUGCUAGAUUUUUCAGAACUGAUUUCGAAGAAAAUGGAUCUAUGGAAAGAGUCGCUUUGUUUAUGAACCACGCUUAUGAUCCUACAAUCGAAAGAAUUAUUACUCCUAGACUUGCUUUAACAACUGCUGAAUACCUCGCCUAUGAAAGAGAGCUCCAUGUGCUGGUCAUUAUGACUGAUAUGAGCUCUUAUGCUGAUGCCCUAACUCCCCCCCCCCCCUCCGUGAGCGAACAAAAAAAUUUUGUUCGCUCACGGAGGGGGGUUAAUUUUUUUUUUUUAAAAAAAAUUUAUAUAUAAAAUUUUAUAAAAAAUAUUUUUUUCGAAAUUUUAAAAAAAAUCCUAAUUUGCAAAAAUUGGAAGCAAAUAUUAAUUUAAUUUGCAAAAUUUAUGUUUUUAAAACGCAAUUUUGUUUAAAAUUAAACAGAAUUAGCUCUAGAUUUCAUUAUACUAAUUAUCACUUAUAUAUCAAAAAUUUUUUUCCAUUAAAAUUUUUUCUAUUAAAAAAAUUUUUGUGUUCACUCACGGAGGGUGGGUUUUUGGUCAAAAAAUGGCGAUUUUUCUAAUGUUUUUGUUCGCUCACGGAGGGGGGGGGGGGAGUAAGAGAAAUUUCUGCUGCCAGAGAAGAAGUGCCUGGCAGAAGAGGAUACCCUGGGUACAUGUACACUGAUCUUUCCACUAUCUAUGAAAGAGCAGGAAGAGUAGAAGGCAAAAAUGGCUCAAUUACCCAGUUCCCUAUUUUGACUAUGCCUAAUGAUGAUAUCACGCAUCCUAUCCCUGAUUUGACAGGGUAUAUUACAGAAGGACAGAUUUUCAUUGAUAGGCAGUUGAAUAAUAGGCAAAUUUAUCCUCCAAUUAAUGUGCUGCCUAGUCUUUCACGUUUAAUGAAAAGUGCUAUUGGGAAAGGAAUGACAAGAGAAGAUCACCCUGAUGUCUCAAAUCAGCUUUAUGCAAAUUAUGCUAUUGGAAAAGAUAUUCAAGCAAUGAAAGCAGUCGUAGGUGAGGAAGCGCUGACAAGCGAAGAUUUACUUUAUUUAGAAUUCUUAGAAAAAUUCGAAGGCAGAUUCUUGACUCAGUCUAUCAAUGAAAACAGACACAUUGAGGACAGCUUAGACAUUGCAUGGAGUUUAUUAACUCCCCCCCCUCCGUGAGUGAACAAAACCAUUAGAAAAAUCCCUAUUUUUUGCCCAAAAACCCACCCUCCGUGAGUGAACAAAAAUUGUUUUAAUAGAAAAUUUUUUUUAUGAAAAAAGAAAUUGAUAUAUAAGUGAUAAUUAGUAUAAUGAAAUCUCGAGCUAAUUCUGUUUAAUUUCAAACACAUUGCGUUUUAAAACAUAAAUUUUAUAAAUUGAAUCAAUAUUUGCUUCCCAAUUUUUGCAAAUUAGGAUUUUUUAAAAAUUUCGAAAAAAAAAAAAAUUUCUAUAUAAUUUAAAUAUAAAAUUUUUUUUAAAAAAAAAAACUUAACCCCCCUCCGUGAGUGACCAAAAUUUUUUUGUUCACUCACGGAGGGGGGGGGAGUAAGAAUUUUCCCUAUCAAUAGCUUAAAGAAGAUUACAAAUGAAGAAAUGAGAAACAAGUAUUACUCAAGAGAACACCACUUUGAAAGAGUUCGCCAAGAAGCUGAAGACUUAAAGAAAAGAGUGAAAGGCGAUUAA